AUGAGCUCUUUCUUCAUCAAUCCAUCGCUGCGGGUCGAGCCGGGCGCAACUUCGGAGACGCCCACAUUACACGGAGAUGAGGACGUGGAACUCUCACCAAGCGAUGUCCCACCCAGGUCAGAAGAGGCUCAGCAUAAAUCUAAAGUUGAUGGCGGUGAUGCGCGCAGAGAGAGCGUCGAAUCUCCGGACGACGACCAGGAUGUCCUGAUCAUUGACUGGGAUGGUCCAGAUGAUCCACAAAAUCCAAAAAACUGGAGUUACAAACGGAAGUGGGCAGCGACAGCCAUUGUGUCGGCGUUCACUUUUAUUAGUCCGGUUUCCUCUUCUAUGACGGCACCAGCCAGCAACCAGUUGGCUGCGCAGUUCCAUGUGACGAAUUCCGCCCAGAUUGCUUUAAUGACUUCAAUCUUUAUCUUGGCUUAUGCGUUUGGUCCAUUAUUUUUGGGACCUCUCAGUGAGAUAUAUGGACGGUCGCGAGUGCUACAAGCAGCAAACAUGUGGUAUCUAGCAUGGAACCUGGGUUGCGGUUUUGCUCAGUCAAAGGGCCAGCUCUACGCCUUCCGUCUUCUUGCAGGAUUUGGUGGGAGUGCACCAUUAUCAAUCGGUGGAGGUGUGCUCGGAGACUGUUGGCGGACGGAAGAAAGAGGUCAGGCGAUCGCUCUGUACUCACUUGCUCCACUACUUGGUCCAGCCAUUGGGCCAAUCUGUGGUGCGUGGGUUGCACAGCGGUCAACCUGGCGAUGGGUUUUCUGGUCCACCUCAAUUGUAGACGGUGCCAUACAGAUACUGGGUUUGUUCUUUCUACGAGAAACAUAUGCUCCUCUUCUACUGCACCGAAAGGCGGAGAAGAUACGGCUUAGUAUGGAUCCAGAGAAAGCCCAAGCGCGAGAGAUACGUACAGUGUUCGACAGUGCUGACCGAAACUGGAAGCACAUCAUGAGGAAGGCGCUAGUUCGUCCCUUCGCCUUGUUCUUCCGAGAGCCGAUCAUCCAGCUCUUUGGUAUUUACAUGGCAUUCGUGUACGGCGUGAUGUAUUUAUUCUUGACGACUAUACCCGAUAUUUUCGCUAAUGUCUACCACGAACCUGUCGGAAUCUCUGGGUUGCACUAUAUAGCACUUGGCAUAGGUUUCACCGGCGCAUCACAAGUAAAUGCACGGAUGUUGGACAGAGUAUACAAGUACUACCAGAAAAAGAACGGUGGAAUAGGUCGACCAGAAUUUCGACUACCCUCAAUGAUACCUGCCUGCAUCGCGCUCCCUGUUGGUCUUCUUAUCACCGGAUGGGCAGCUGAAGCCCAUGUUCAUUGGGCUGUUGUUGACCUCGGUAUCGUGUUUGUUGGAAUGGGCAUUAUCUUGAACUUUCAGUCCAUUCAAACUUACGUCAUCGAUGCAUUUACUUUGCAUGCUGCCUCAGCUCUUGCUGCGGUGACGUUCUUGCGCUCACUGGCAGGCUUUGGCUUUCCACUGUUCGCUCCUGCAAUGUAUCACGCGCUCGGAUACGGAAAGGGUGACACCAUCCUCGCCGCAUUCGCUAUCGCGGUAGGAUGCCCUGCUCCUUUCCUGUUCUGGCACUUCGGCGAGCGAAUAAGGAAAGCGAGUAAAUAUGCCAGUUAA